AUCACUUUCAUCCAUCGGUUGAAUGUUUUCGCAACUGUGGGUCGUUCAUUUUCCGUGCGGGUGCUUAGUUAGAAUCUUGGAAUCGCUACGCGAUUUCAUGGUUUUGGUGUUUUUAGUCAUCCUGCCGGCGAGGUGUUUGCUUGUUUGUCUGUGAAGGGUUUCUAGCUUUUCUCGAUGGUUGGCUUCUCGAAAGGCCUUUAGGAGAUCCGUGUCUAUACGCCUGCAUCGGUUGAUUGUUUGACGAGUGAAUAUUGGGGAGUGAUGCGAUUUCAUUUUAGUGAUUGCGAUCCCUGUGGGUUUUCUUUUUCCUUUCUGGGCGAUGAAUUGCGAUUCUGAUCUCAUCAGUUUUUACUUGGCAUUUUGGAACUUUUUGAUCAUUUCGUUCCUGGUUGCCGCUUCGGAGGGAUUUGACCCGAAAUUUUGAUCCUUCGAUCCUACUUCGUGUUCGUUCAAUCCACUCACGCUUUAGUUCGCUUUGUCAGAUAGUAUACCUUGGAAUCGGAGUUCGUUGAGGACUAUGAACUACCAUGCCAGAAACAAUAGAAGACCUAGAGUACCUGCUCAGAGUGCCCGUCAAGAAUGGGUUCCCAGAGGGUCUGCACCAAAUGCUCCACCUGCAAACCCUCCGGCACCAGCGAACUUGAACCCCAGUUCCGAUGAUGGAACUUUUCUGUCUGAUAGUGGGCAUGCAUCAAAUUUUCGCACUUUUUCUCCCGAUAGUGGGCAUAGAGGGAACUUGCGAGGAAAUGAUGGGUUUGUGAAUCACAGUUCUGUUCCCAGGGGUAAUCAUGGUCCAAGAAGUCACCCUGCAAGACCUUUGAAUCAGAGAAGGGAGAAGGAAAAAGUGAGGAGCGAGUUCAAUGAAGAGAAAGUGUUCAAGGACACGAAUUUGCCUCAGUUGGUGCAAGAAAUUCAGGAGAAGUUGAUGAAGGGUACUGUGGAGUGCAUGAUAUGCUAUGAUAUGGUCCGGAGGUCUGCACCCAUUUGGUCUUGCUCCAGCUGCUACUCCAUUUUUCAUCUCAAUUGCAUCAAGAAGUGGGCUCGGGCGCCCACUUCAGUCGAUCUUUCUGCCGAGAAGAAUCAAGGUAUCAAUUGGCGUUGUCCUGGAUGUCAGCAUGUGCAACUGACAUCAUCAAAGGAGAUUCGAUAUGUGUGCUUUUGCGGAAAUAGGACAGAUCCACCUUCAGAUUUAUAUUUGACACCACAUUCAUGUGGAGAACCUUGUGGGAAGCCAUUGGAAAGGGAUAUCUUGCAUCCUGGUGAGAGGGAGGAGGAUUUUUGCCCCCAUCUUUGUGUCUUGCAAUGUCAUCCUGGUCCAUGCCCUCCUUGCAAGGCAUUUGCCCCUCCACGGCUGUGCCCUUGUGGGAAGGAAACAAUUACGACUCGAUGCUCUGAUCGCAGGUCCAUUCUUACUUGUGGUAAGUGCUGCGAUAAGCUUCUUGAGUGCGGGCGUCAUCGCUGUAAGCAAAUUUGCCAUGUGGGUCCAUGUGAUCCUUGCCAAGUAUUAUUGAAUGCUUCAUGCUUCUGCGGAAAGAAGAUAGAGGUUGUUCUCUGUGGAGACAUGGCCAUGAAGGGAGAAGUUGAUGUGGAAAGUGGUGUUUUUUCUUGCAAUUCAACUUGUCAAAAAUUGCUUAGUUGUGGUAAUCAUUUGUGCGACAAAGUUUGCCAUCCGGGUCCUUGUGGGGAGUGUGACUUAUUACCGGGCAGGAUUAAAACGUGCUAUUGUGGAAAAAUGAAUUUGAUGGAUGAAAGAGAGAACUGUCUGGACCCCAUCCCAACUUGCUCACAAGCUUGUGACAAGUUACUCCCUUGCGGAAUACACUCUUGUCAGGAAAUGUGUCAUGCAGGAAUUUGUCCUCCUUGUAUGGUGAUUGUUGCCCAAAAAUGUCGUUGUGGCUUGACUUCUCGUACUGUUGAAUGCCACAGAACAAAGGAGGAGAUAUUCACUUGUGAUAAACCAUGUGGGCGGAAGAAAAAUUGCGGUAGGCAUCGUUGUAGCGAGCGUUGCUGCCCUUUGUCAAAUUCUAGCAACCUUCCUCUCAGUGACUGGGACCCUCAUCUUUGCUCCAUGGUCUGUGGCAAGAAGCUUAGAUGCGGGCAGCAUUCAUGUGAAUCACUUUGUCACAGUGGCCACUGCCCUCCUUGCCUUGAAACGAUCUUUACCGAUUUAACUUGUGCAUGUGGUAAAACUUCGAUUCCUCCUCCUCUGCCUUGUGGCACGCCCCCGCCUUCGUGUCAGCUACCAUGCUUGAUCCCUCAACCUUGUGGGCAUUUAUCCACUCACAGCUGUCACUUUGGAGAAUGCCCUCCCUGUUCAGUUCCAGUGGCAAAAGAGUGCAUUGGUGGACAUGUGGUUCUUAGGAACAUACCAUGUGGGUCCAAAGACAUCAGAUGUAACAAACCCUGUGGUAAGACCAGGCAGUGUGGUUUGCAUGCCUGUGGCCGGACUUGUCACCCACCACCUUGUGAUUCUGACAACUCAGCCAGUGUAACCAGUCUCAAAGUUUCAUGUGGACAGGUAUGUGGUGCUCCUAGAAGAGAUUGCAGGCACGCUUGCAAAGCACCUUGUCACCCUUCAGCGUCGUGUCCUGAUGUGAGAUGUGAUUUCCCUGUCACAAUAACUUGUUCUUGUGGACGAGUAACAGCAAGUGUACCUUGUGAUGCCGGUGGGGCCAAUGGCAAUUUUAGCACUGACACCGUUUUUGAAGCUUCCAUAAUGCAAAAGUUGCCUGUGCCACUUCUACCAGUAGAAGCUACUGGGAAGAGAACUCCACUUGGGCAGAGGAAGCUGGUGUGUGAUGAUGAGUGCGCUAAAGUAGAGCGCAAGCGAGUUCUUGCAGAUGCUUUUGACAUCAACCCUCCGAACUUGGAAGCCCUGCAUUUCGGGGAGAAUUCUUCCGUGUCAGAAUCAGUCAUGGAUCUCUUCAGGCGUGAUCCUAAGUGGGUGUUAGCUGUUGAGGAGAGAUGCAAGUUUUUAGUUCUUGGCAAGAGCAGAGGAAGCGCCACUAGCCUCAAAGUUCAUGUGUUCUGUUCAAUGCUGAAGGAAAAAAGAGAUGCAGUGAGGCUUAUUGCCGAGAGGUGGAAGCUUGUGGUAAGCGCAGCUGGUUGGGAACCAAAACGUUUUAUUGUGGUCCACGCCACUUCGAAGUCUAAAGUACCAGCUCGUGUACUCGGAGGUAGGGGCUCUAUAACCUCAAACAUGUCACACCCACCCACAUUCGACCUGUUGGUUGACAUGGACCCUAGGCUUGUUGUUUCUUUCCUUGACUUGCCUAGGGAGGCAGAUAUAAGCGCUCUGGUCCUGAGAUUUGGGGGGGAAUGUGAGUUGGUCUGGUUGAAUGAUAAGAAUGCGUUGGCCGUGUUUAGUGACCCCGCUCGUGCUGCAACUGCUUUGAGGAGGUUGGAUCACGGCUCAGCUUAUUAUGGGGCUGUUGUGUUUCAGAAUGGAGGUGCCGCAUCCAUGCCCAAUGUGUGGGGAGGAGCUGUUCCGGCCAAGGAAGGGGCUUCAAUUGGAGCUAUAAAGGGCAAUCCAUGGAAGAGGGCUGUUGUGCAGGAGGUUUCUGAUUGGAAGGAAGAUUCAUGGGGUGGUGAGGAGUGGUCUAUUGAUUCUCAGAGCUCCAUUUUGAAAGAUAAAGAAGCUCCUAUAUCUGCUUCCGUGAAUCGUUGGAGCGUCUUAGAUUCUGAAAACGCCACGAGCUCCUCUGCUCCGUCAGUCGGAAAGGAGAUCAGUUCGAUAAAAGUUGGAGGUCAGGUUGUGGUAGGAUCUGAAUCGAAGGCUGGUGGGUCUAGUUCGGAAGGAACGCUAGGACUCGUUUCCAGAGAAGUGGAGGUGGCCGAAGUAGUUGAUGACUGGGAGGAGGCUUGCGAAUGAAGUGUUUGCAUUUCAGCUUUGUGGAUCAGGAGCACCUGUUUUUUAACAUGUUUUCGGCUACGCAUGCAGAAAGAAACAUGGAAGCAUCUGGCCCUCUUAUCAUUUCAGACCGUCGGAGUAGUCUAUGGCCAUUUGAGUACUGCACCUUUGUAUGUUUUUGGAACAAUCCCCGAAAAGGAUUUCGUGUCAGAUGAGACUCCAUAUGAGUUCUUCUCCUUCAUCUUCUGGACAAUCACCGUCAUUUCCCUGCUGAAGUAUGCCUUUAUAGUCUUGAUGGCUGAUGAUGAUGGGGAGGGUGGUACAUUCGCUUUAUACUCGCUAUUGUGCAGGCAUGCGAAAGUGGGUCUGCUUCCGAACGAUCGGUUUACCGACAAGGCUGUGCAUUCGAUGGAGACCCCAUCUAGGAUGAAGUUGGAAUCGAGGGCCAGAAGGGCUCUCGAGAAGCACCGAUUUAGUCAGAGCCUGAUGCUGUUCUUAGCUCUGUUUGGUUCCUGUAUGAUUAUCAAUGACGGAGUGCUUACCCCCGCAAUAUCUGUACUGUCAGCUUCUAGUGGCGUUGAGCGGUCAUUGUCGGAGAUUGUCGAUUCAUCUUCCGCUUCGAAAGCCACUCAAGAUUCCAUAACAAAUGCCUUGAAAAAAUAUGUUCCUGUUCCUUCUGCGUGCAUCAUACAGAUAUGCCUUUUCAUGCUGCAGUGUUAUGGAACUGAUAAAAUUGGGUUCCUAUUUUCGCCGAUCGUCACCAUUUGGCUCUUAUUUAUCAGUGGGAUAGGUGUAUACAAUAUCGUGCACUACAACCCUGACAUUCUUCGCGCCGUAUCCCCGGCAUACAUGUCCAGAUUCGUGAGAAAUAUCAAAAAACGUAGUUGGAGAUCUUUGGGAAGCAUUCUUCUCUGCGUAGCAGGAACAGAAGCGAUGUUUGCGAAUCUAGGUCGCUUUUCAAAGAAGUCAAUUAAGAUAACCUUCGCAUGCUGCGUUUAUCCGGUUCUUCUCGUAUCCUAUGCGGGUCAAGCUGCAUUCAUAUCCAAAAACUGGCGGGUCGUCAAACACUUCAAUCAUCUCAGUAGCUCUAUACCAGUUCAUACUCGGCAUGGUUUCGUGGUGUUAUCUCUGUUCUCUUCAGCAGUUGGGAGCCAAGCAUCAAUAACGGCCAGCUUCUCAAUCAUAAACCAGCUCCUGGCACUUAAGUGCUUUCCCCAGGUAAAAGUGGUGCACACGUCAGAUAAGAUACAUGGGCAGGUCUACAUCCCUGAGCUCAAUUGGCUAUUGAUGGUCCUGAGCCUUUCGGUGACAAUCGGUUUCCACAAAAUCGAUGCAAUUGGAUACGCAACAGGAAUGGCCAUUGUUUCAGGAAUGCUUGUAACAACCUGCCUGAUGUCACUGGUGAUCUCUCUGUGCUGGGAAAAGAGCCUAUUCCUAUCCGCGUGUUUCCUGCUGUUCUUCGGCUUUAUCGAAGCCAUGUACCUAUCAGCAUGUAUCUGGAACUUCCACCGGGGGGCGUGGUACCUCGUCAUGCUCUCUGUGCUGUUCUUAACCAUCAUGCUCGCGUGGCAUUACGGAUCGAUGAAGAAGUACGAGUUCAAUCGAGAGAACAAGGUCUCAUGCGAGUGGCUCACGGACUUCAGCGUGGGGCUGGGUAUCUCCAGGGUCCCUGGGAUCGGCUUCAUCUACACAGAGAUAGUGACAGGGGUCCCGGCAUUCUUCUCGCACUUCGUAACGAACCUUCCCGCAUUCCACCAGGUGCUCAUCUUCGUGUCCUUCAAGUCUCAGCCGCUGCCUUACGUGCCCUGCGACCAGCGAUUCCUCGUUGGCAGGGUCGGCCACAAGGACUACAAGAUCUACCGGUGCAUCGUGCAAUAUGGAUACUGCGACCGCAUCAGGGACACAGACGAUUUCGAGGAGCAGAUCAUCCAUUCCAUCGGGGAAUUCAUUUCCCUGGAGGACUUCGAGUCCAACGCUUUUGCUGAAGGGGAGAUGACCAUGAUCGGGAAGCCGGGCUCAGAUGGGAACGCGGCAUAUGCCCUCAUCCCGGUUAGCAACUCCAUGUCCCCUGCAUCCUCGAGUCAGACCAGCAAGGAAAACGAGACAAUUUCGUGCCAGCCCGGGUCAUCAAAAGGUCCUAGCACUAGUGCCCCGGUCAGGAGGAAGAAGGUUCGGUUCGUAUUGCCUCCGGAGAGUCCUAAAAUGCAAGCGUCUGUGCGGGAGGAGUUGCAACAACUCGUCGACGCUAGGGAGAGCGGCACCGCAUACAUCCUUGGCCAGUCCCAUCUAGUGGCACGUAAAGGUUCGAACUUUAUGAAGCGGCUCUUGAUCAUGGUCUAUCUCCUCCUAAAUAGGAACUCCCGGGAGCCUCCGGUCGCACUGAACAUCCCCCACGCCGCGCUCGUCGAGGUCGGGAUGGUGUACACGGUAUAGUAAGAACCGGGGCAGUCCUCGAAUUGGAGCAUGUAUUUGAUGAGAAAUGAAAGAUUUUCAUAUAUUUCAC